GGAACUAUUAAUCAGUCUGAACAGAAUGACGUCACUGAACUACGUUUCCCAGUAGCACUUUCGGUUUAAAACCCCUUUCCCGGUGCAUUGUUGGAAAUAUGUUUAGCUAGCGGAUUUUCUUUAAACUACAUUUCCCAACCAGAUUGGUUGAUCGUUUCGAUAGUAAUGAUACAUUAUUUACAAAAGAAAUUAUAUUUUAUAUAAUUUUUACGAUGAAUGUGUUGAAUUGUUUUGUCAUUUUACGUAUUAAUUACACGUAAAAAGGGAAUCAUUAAUAAGCCUGAACAGAAUGAAGUCGCUGAACUACGUUUCCCAUGAGCACUUUUAGUUUAAAACCCCUUUCCCGGUGCAUUGUUGGAAAUAUGUUUAGCUAGCGGAUUUUCUUUUAAACUACAUUUCCCAACCAGAUUGGUUCACCGUUACGAGAUUUAUUUUUUACAUUUUACAUAUGUACGCCAGGACACAGUAUAUUGAGUGAGUUAAAAUGAAAUUUUUACGUGUUUUUUGUUUUCGGUGAGGACUAUCGCGUUGACGGUCACCAUGGCGCAGGAGGAGGACGAACACACCCUGCAGGAUAAAUUUGCUGCUGCAGUUAAAGUGAUCAGAAGCUUACCGAAAGAAGGUCCUUUCCAGCUGUCAGAUGACAUGAACCUGAUGUUCCACAGUUAUUACAUGCAGGCCACCUCAGGGCCGUGCAGCACAGAAAGACCCUUUAGGAUCUGGGAGAGACACCAGAAAGCUCAAUGGGAUAAAUGGAACUCUUUAGGAAAUAUGACAAAGGCGGAAGCCAUGAUGAAGUAUGUUGAAAACAUCCAGCUGAUUUUGGAGACCAUGCCCGUAUCAAACGAAGUUUCUGACCUGGUUCAGCAACUUGGAAAUUUCUACACAGAAGUUGAAGGUGACGAGAAUGAGGUGGACAGGAGACCUUUCACGAGGCCUUUUGCAAAACAAGCAGAAGAGCUGGUGUUUCCGAAGAAACCUGUACUGGAAGGCUAUGGAGGUCUGUGGAAUGAUAUCCAAGACGUUGGAGAAAAGGAGAGUGCUCAUAGCAUGAGUUCCAAUGAGAAUGAGGCGGAGGGAUGCAAGGGGAGUAGUGAUGAUCUGGGGAAAGAAGACAAAAGUGAUGAUAGUGAGACUGACAGUGAUGAAGGCAAGAUGGAAAGAAAAGAUUGGACCCCCCCGCUGGAGGACGAGGGGUGGUGGUGUGACACCAGGACAUCCAGCUGCAGCAGCAUGGAGCCGAGCGUGUCCUCCUUGACGAACGCCACCCACAGCUCCCUAAACAGUGAGAUAGAGGAGGAGGAGCUGCCCUGCUCUGUUGAGCCCAGCCUACGCGGCAGCCCCGUCGACAUGCACUUGAAUGGACACUUGAGCGAUUACAAAGAUAUUGAAGAAAACAAUCAUCACGCAGAUUCAGAUAAUGAGGAAUUCUGUGAUUCAAUGGAAGAUGUGACCAUGGAGAAGAUGCUGUCUAACUCCAAAAUUGAGUCAAUUGGAUCACCGACUGCCUCAGUGAGGGAGCAAGAUCUUUGGUUUGAGAGCUCCUCCACUCUUAAAGCAGAAGAUAGCUCACUCAGAGCAGAGUCUUACCUUCAAGAACCUCACAGCGCUACCUCCAUCAGAGAGUCACCGAAGACCAUUUGCAAGUCUCAGCCGUGUUUGGUGUCCUGCGACAGCGCGUCCCUGUGCACACACCCCAGCGGUGCUUCCUGGGGAAAUGUUGACGAUCAAGUCGCUGUGGCUCUGUUGAGGCUGCAGGACGACAUGGCCCACGUGCUGCAUCGGCUACGAACUCUAGAGGAGCUCAGUGUGACACAGGGACAGGAGUCAAGAUCAUCUUCAUCAAGGUGCGAGAACCCCCUCCCUGUUGUACAAAAGUUCUCUUUACAGUUUCUUAAGCCUUCUUGGUGGCCAUUUGACCAUUCACCGGUUACCAUGGUGAUGACCGCACUCUGGCCUGCUGUUGCGUUCGGACUGGUCCAGCUGUAUUCAAAUCAUAGGAGACGGAAAAUCCCUUGAAUGAGUCCUGGUGCAUGGAGAAGGUGAUCCCUGCUGCCGUAUUGUUUCUUCUAAGACAGAUCGGAAGCAUCGUGGUGGGAAAAAAUGCCGACAAAUCAAAUGCUCAAGAGUAUAGAUAUGGAAGUUUUGAGUGUUACCUGUCGACAUUAUUUUCAAUAGCAUCGUGUAACUACUGAUAAAACAGUCAUUGUAUAUUCAAUUGAGGGACACCUCACACCACACAUUAUUUUCAUUCAACAUUUAAGGGAACAACAUAUACAUUUACACUGAGUGUUUUAAGUACAUUUUAGACUGCACAAUAGAGUAGAAACAUGGACAUGUGGUAUUUUAUGAGGUAUUUAUUUGACAAGAGACUACUGUGUAAUGGUAGGUUUGCCAGAUUGAGUCUGUACUCCUAAAUGUGGACCAGGACUGUUUUUCACGAAAUGGAAAGAUUCUAAAAAAAAAUAAACGUUCUAGAUUUAACAAGGGCUGCUUUCUAUUCAAAUGGUAAAACACGUACGCAGUACUUUAGAUAGUGGGUCGGAAUCUUGGAUUUUGCAAGUGGAUUAAUAUUUUUAGGAAUAUGUUUAAUAAUAGUAAAUAAUUUAAAAAAAUUAAUUAAAAAAAUUAGUAAUAUAGAAAUAUAUAAAUACAACAUUUAUUAUUUUUUUAUUAUUAUUAUUAUUAUUAUAAGACUUUAUAGCCCAAAGUCACAGAAAAAAAUAUUUACAUCUGAGAUUUUAAGACCUUUGCCCUUAAAUUUAUGCGAAAACAUGAAAAACAAUAUAAAAUAUUACUACAGUAAAGUCGGAAAUGUAUGUGAGUAUUAUGUUACAGGCAUUGAAGGGCCAAAAAUGUAUGACUUUAUUUGGAUAAUAAAUAAUAAUAAUGACAUUCUUGUAAAUUUACAACUGUAUUCUUGUAUUCAAUAAUACAACUUUAUUCUCGUAAAUUUAU